AUGGCGGAUCUGCGGAAAACCUGCAUGGGAAGGUCAGAUCCAGAGCUCGCGAACGCUCUCGUUGCCGACUCCAACUCCGCGGUCAAAUGGCUGGCAAGCGAAGGGAUUCGGUUUCAGCUGUCGUUCAAUCGACAGGCGUAUGAAGUUGACGGCCGGAUCAAGUUCUGGGGUGGGCUGAGUCUCAAAACCCAAGAUGGAGGCAAAGGGCUGAUUGCCGACUACCGGGCUGCGGCCAAACGGCAUGGAGUCCGGGUGGCCUGGUCCACGGCGCUCAGCGGAAUCCAGACCGACGCGGUUGAUGGGAGCCUCAUUGCGUCGGUCAAGACGAAUGCCCAGGAGAAUGUCAUCAAAGCUGGGGCGAUCGUUUUAGCGGCGGGUGGGUUUGAGUCGAAUGCCCGGAUGCGGAGUCAGUUCCUCGGUCCUGGCUGGGAUCUUGCAAUGGUUCGAGGCACGCCAUACAACACCGGCGAUGUCCUUGAGCUCGGUAUCCAACAGCUCGGGGCUCAGCCCGUCGGCAACUGGUCCGGCUGCCACUCGGUGGCCUGGGAUGCCGCCGCCAAUCCAAACACCGGUGAUCGAGUGGCCUCCAACGAGUUCACCAAGUCCGGUUAUCCACUCGGGCUCAUGAUCAACGUUGACGGCCGCCGAUUUGUCGAUGAAGGGAUCGACAUGCGGAACUUCACAUAUGCCAAGUUUGGCCGAGCGAUCCUCCAACAGCCCGAACAAGCUGCAUUCCAGGUCUGGGAUUCUCGGACCAAGCCGUGGCUGCGACCAGAGGAAUACCGAGAGGAGCGUGUCGAACAUAUCUCCGCCGAUACUUUGGAGGAACUAGUCGAGAAGUGUGCCUCCUGUGGCCUCCAGAACCGGGAGGCAUUCCUGCACACACUUCGUGAAUACAACGAGGCCGUCUAUGCCCAUCGCCGUGAGAACCCAUCCGCAACAUGGGAUCCCGCCAUCAAGGAUGGCCUGUCGACCCAAUCAUCCGCCAAGCAACUGGCACUGGCCAAGUCGAACUGGGCCCUGCCGCUGGACCAGGGCCCUUACCUCGCCAUCAAAGUGACAUGUGGCAUUACCUUCACCUUUGGCGGUCUCAAAGUGGACGCCCGCAACGCACAGAUGAUCGCCUCGGCCACGGGCCAGCCCAUCCCCGGGGUGUACUGUGUCGGGGAGAUGAUGGGUGGGCUGUUCUAUUCGAAUUAUCCCGGUGGUAGUGGCUUGACUUCCGGCGCAGUUUUUGGUCGGAGAGCUGGCAAGGCCGCCGCGGCUGCUGCCCACAAGAGGGGGAGCAGAAGGGAGGUUCAUAUGAUUUUGCUUUGA